AUGGGCCAGCAAUUAGAUGACGAGCUCCGGAUGUACAAGCGAAUGGAGAAAGCCUCGCGAUCUCAUCCCGGCCGUAACGCUGUUCGAUCACUUAUUGACUCGUUUGAUAUCAAUGGCUCCGAAGAAAAGCACAAAUGUUUGGUGCAUCCCCCAUUAUGGGAAAAUUUGUUGACAUUCCUCCACCGCAAUCCUGUACGAAGGCUACCUCCACCGCUUUUAGCAUGUGUGCUACAGCGAUUAUUUUCGGCAUUGGAUUAUCUGCACACUGAAUGUCGUAUCAUACAUACUGAUAUCAAGGCCGAUAAUAUCAUGUUUAGUACUGGUGAUGAUACGAUUUUCAGAGAAUUUGAACAAGAGGAACUCACUACUCCAUCUCCACGGAAAGAGCUAGAUGGAAGGACAAUUUACGUAUCCAGAGAGCUAGGAAUGCCCGAAGCACUGGGGCCACCAGUCCUCUGUGACUUUGGUUCGGCCAUCCCUGGUGACGUUGAACACUCCGAAGAUAUUCAACCCAAUAUCUACCAGGCCCCAGAGGUGAUAUUAGAAGCUCCAUGGACCUAUAGCGUGGAUAUAUGGAACGCGGGAUGCAUGAUCUGGGAUAUUUUUGAAGGCGAAUCGUUAUUUACUGGUCACGACCCAGAAUUCCAAACCUAUCGGGGCCGAGCUCACCUUGCUGAGAUGAUCAGGCUCCUUGGACCUCCGCCGCAUUCACUGCUUGCGCAAGGGAACCUAAGGAAUACAUUCUUUUCCGCCAAAAGUGAAUUAUGUGCUGGAAUACCUCUGCCUGAACGUGUUCAGCUCGAAGAAAGAGAAACUACUUUCGAGGGGCAGGAAAAACUGGCCUUUUUACGUAUGGUACGAAAAAUUUUGCUGUGGCAGAAAGAGAACCGUAGUUCCGCGAGAGAGCUUGAACGUGAUGAAUGGAUUCAGAGUUAUUUUCCAAAGAACUAG